AUGAAGGGCCUCUGGAACGUGGUAUUGUCCCUGUUGAGCAUUGCGCUCUGCUGUGAUGCUCGACUUGGACCACGUCAGGAAAUCAACCAGACAGCGCUAUCUCAACUCGCCGACCUCGACCUCCCAGAAUGUGGUGGCCUCUGCUACGUCCAAGUCUUUCCUGAUUACGGCUGCUCGGUUGAUGACCCUUCCUGCCUGUGUUCAAACAACAACCUCACCACAGCAAUCACUGCUUGUCUGGUGUCGAACUGCACAGUACCACAGCAGCUGGAGAUCGAAAAGGUCGCAAAAGAUCUUUGUGGCGCAAUUGUUCGCGAUAGAGGCAUCAUAACAGUGCGCAUCACCUGGUCGCUCUUCGCGCUGGCGCUCAUCUUCGUCGGUGCUCGAUUCAUCGCGCGGCCUGAACGUCUCCAUGGCAGCGGCUAUGGCACCGACGACUGGACCAUUCUGCUCUGCAUGGCAUUGCUGAUACCCUUCAAUGCUCUCGUCCAGCUAAUGGUCGACAAUGGCCUGGGUACCGACAAUUUCACGCUGUCGCCGAUGCAGAUUACACUGUUCUUGAAGUACUUCUUUGCCUUCACGAUAAUUUACACGAUCCUCGUGAUGGUUACCAAGGUCUCAAUCUUGCAACUGUACCUCCGCAUCUGGACCGAGGAUGCCACAUCGAUCUGGUUCCGCAGAGUCUGCUGGUUCCUCAUCGCCGUUCAUGUCGUCACCAUAGUGGCAUUUGUUUUCGCUGAGAUUUUCAGCUGUGGGCCAGUAUCUUUUGGCUGGACCUUCUGGGAUGGACUGCACGACGGAUAUUGCAUCAACAGGUCGGCCGAGCUGUACGCGCUCGGCGCCAUAAACAUUUGCUAUGACGUGGUAGUCUUCAUUUUACCACUUCACAACUUCCUGAAGCUCAACAUCUCCUGGCGUAGAAAGACUGGGGUCUUGCUGAUAUUCAUGGUCGGCUUGCUCGUCACGAUCUGCAGCAUCGUCCGUCUGCAGUAUCUUGUCAAGAUUGGUGUCUCACGCAAUCCGAGCUGGGACUACAACAACGCUGUCAUCUGGUCGUCCGUCGAAUGCAACUUCAGCGUCGUCUGUACCUGCAUGCCCGCCAUGGCAGGCCUCCUCCAGCGCAUCUGGGCGAGGUUGUCAGGCAAGCCCAUGUCCAGUCUCGCUUCGUCUAACGGAUCCAGGGCACCAAUCCGGCCCCACGAGAUUGAUCCGGAAAAGCCCAUGUCCGGAGAGGAGAUGCUGAAAAUGCGACAGCCUGGUUCCUUCGAGGAAUCUCCGGUGGUGGCUCUGGAUGCUUCGGAUCCUAAUGCUGCGACGGCUAUGAAGGAGAAGGGAAGCCCUGGAACGAGUCCCACCUCCUUGGAGAGUAUUGAGUUGAGACAUGAGCCACCUAGCCAGACUACUGCGACCAGGCUGGCGUAUCGGGACGUCAACGGCAGACUACAUGAGGUGAAGGUCAUUGAUAAGCCUUUAGAUGAUGUACAGAAGAACGCUCCAGCUGGGGAGGAGAGUCCAAGAGAUGCUGAGAAGGAAGCAAAGAGACCUUCGAGGGGUUGA